UCACUUUCUGCAGGAGCCACACGCGCCGCGCAGGAAUGCGCGUUGAAAUCUGGCGUUUAUCCGUAUUUCGGUAAGGUUCUGUUUAGAAGCACUCCUUUAUUUCUAGCAUGAUUAGUGUCUCCUAGCGGCUGGACAUGUCUCACCAGCAGCGGGUUGUCCAGCUGUCCGCCGCCUCUCUGGCGGUGGUCUUCGGCCCGGAUGUGGAGAGUUUGCGCGCCGGCGGAGGGAAAGUAACCACCAAUCCUACGAGCGGCCAGGAGAUAUUUGCGGACUUUAAGGCGCAAAACCUGCGCAGUUUCUGGAAUAAAAGACUCGUGAAGGCCAUGGCCGAAGUGUACUUUCAAGGAUGGAUGGAAAAUUUGGUGCUUUUCAUUCAAGGAAACGCAAACAACUUGGAAGUGCUGAGAGAAGCGUGGAUGCGCAGAGCUCUGAGGUCCCCAAAGGGAUUUAUCAUUAAAGCUGUCGGUGACCUGUCGCCAGUGCAGAUGUCUCCUGUCCCUCAGUCCCAGUUCAUUCCCUUGGCUGAGGUUUUGUGCUCUGUCAUCUCAGACAUGAACUCCGCCCAAAUCACCGUCAACCAAGAAGCACUCAUCAAUCAUAUGAGCAAAGCCCAUCCAGGGAUAACCAUCCCCACACAAGACAUUCUCUACAAUGCUCUCGGCACUCUAAUCAAAGAGCGCAAGAUUUACCACACAGGAGAGGGCUACUUCAUUGUCACACCACAGACCUACUUCAUCACCAACAGCAUGGUCCGAGAGAAGAAUUGGUGGACUUCGGGCUCAGCAGAUGACCCUCCUUCACCUCCUCCCAUUACGUACCUUUUAAGCAAUGAUGCCUGUGUGGAAAGCACUACGACACCCCCGGUAGCUCACUGCAAAUCCUGUAGUUGCUUCGGUCCUCUCCAGACAUCUAAUAAUCUCUCCCCAACAACUGUAACACCCAAUAUUUCUCCAUCCAAUGUCCCAGACCAGCAUUCCAUCUCUGUUUCCAUAAGCGAAUGUACAGGCAAGAGCUUAAAGUGGCCUCGGACUUUAGACCAUAAGCCCACAGUGCAGCAUCAGUCCACUUCAACAGCAGUAGACUGUCAGGCAAGUGAGAUCAGCAAGACUACUGCCACUACUAAUGCCACUAGCCGCAAAGAAAAAGACAACAAACCAGGCAGGAAAUUUGGUCUCAGUCUGUUCCGCAGGAAUGGAGGGAAGAAAGAGAAGCAAAAGGAGUAUGCAUCAUUUUCAGGCCAGUUCCCUCCAGAGGAGUGGCCUGUAAGGGAUGAAGAUGACCUGAACAAUUUACCACGUGACCUGGAGCAUGCCAUCAUCAAGCGCAUCAAUCCUGAACUGACUGUGGACAACCUGACACGUCACACGGUCCUAAUGAAGAAGCUGGAGGAGAGAAGGGACAGGGAGGGGGACAGGGUGUUGGACAGAGGUGUGGAUAAAGAUGACAGGGGAGUAGACAAGGGAAUGUCGACAGAGAUCCUCACUUUCCAAAAAACCAGGCAUCAUCACUCCUCUAAGGCAGGGGCAGCGAGGAGAACUGUGUUGAAGGCUUCUCGCAGUAAGAGGAGGGGCCACUCCUCCAGGGAAAAGACGAGGGAAAGGGACAAGGAUAGGGAGAGGGUUAAGAGUAAGACCCCCACAUGUGGAAUUGAUUAUCCAGAUGAGGAGGAUGCGAUCCCCUCUCGGCUCAGAAUGGAAAACCUGGCAGAAGAAUCAGAUGGGAUGGAAGAAGGUGUAGCUGUGGAGGGGAAAGCUUUUUAUAAGAAACGCAUUGACAAUCCUUUCCAUCCGACAAAAGAGACAGCCGAGACCACUGUUGGUACCAGAGAGCACAGACGACGGGAAGUGAAGGAAGGGAAGGCUUCAGGCACAGGCAAGAAGAACAAAUCUAGUCACCGCUCUAAAUCAUGGGAUCCCUAUCGAACAAAAGACUUGAUAGCAGAUAGAGAGGGUGCAGGGAAAUCCCCAACAUCCGAGGACAGGUACGAUUGUGUGCCUGAGAGAGAAUUUACCAUUGAUUGUCAUCACCAAUCUGGCAUGAAAAUCAGCAGAGAGCUGCCAUUAGACUACAGCUCAGCCUACCCCCAGAGCAGCACACUGAGGAUAGAAGACAAGGUCCGGCAUCGGAGGGAGGAGACCAGCAAGGGGACGUGGGAGAAAGAAGACAAAAACAGCUCAUUUCAGGAGGCGAAGUUGAAGACUGUACCAAACCAUAGCGGAGGAAGGACAGCAGAGGACAACCUGUGUAAACCUCAGCCUUAUACUGAUGCUGUUCUCCCUGCUCCUCCCUCUGUCAUAGACACAAACCACACCGAUGAUCCGGUUCUGUCCUGGCCUAAACCCAUUCUACAUGGGACACAUUCCAUCAGACCUUCUAACCCACAGAGGGAUAACAUUCAAAGGCCCGGUGAGCUCUCUGGACACCAUCAGGCGUGUGACAACAUAGAACCACAGGAACACGAGUUAAGAACCGGCAUGUCUAUUAGUAACAGUGAGGAAAGGAUCGUGGCCCAGGACGAAAGGCAAGAACUGAAAGAUGACAACACUGGUUUAUUAACAGAGGCUGAUGGCUUUAUGGAGGAUGACUACAGGCUCUAUCAGAGAGCAGAUGAGGAGGAAGACGAGGACGCUUGCAGCUCCUUGUGUCUGAACGAAGAGAUUACUGAUGGUGCAAAGUUGUAUCAAACACAACACCACGACUCCCAACUGGUUUACCCGAAUUGUGAUUCUAGUUUUCAGUAUCAGCGGCCCCAGAGUCACUAUUAUAAUUCCAUCCCCCACCAGCCACAUGUUCCCUCAAUACAAGACGGGAUCAGAGAGCUGAUCUCCUCCUCCACCCCGAGAGAAACUCCUCUCAGCUUCACAAAGCCGGCAGACACCAACUGGAAUCUCCAGCAUCACAGUCAGAGGAUGAGAUCACCAGGUGGCCAAAGUGAACCUGACCCCAGACAAGGAACACUGACCCAUGUGGAAACAAGGCAUGAGGCUACCCUCAGCUUGGACUGCCCUGAUCCUUCUGAGGGGGCAGACAGCAGUAUCUUUGACUACUGUCAUACUGCCAGUGAGAUGGAAUCAGAUGCAGAGACUGUACGCAAGUCCACUGAUGAAGGCGAUGGCGAAUCUGCUCACUGGGUGAAUGAGGUAGAGGAAGAGCAGGAGGAGGGUUUUCAGAGUUGUGGCCAGAGGGGAGGUCCUCAGGUGCACAGAACAGCUCUGACCAUACCCGCUGGAGCCAGAGGGAAGGGAUCGGGGGAAACGGUUGAAACAGGAGAAAACCAGAGCCUCACAGGUGACAGCGGCAUAGAUUCUCCUCGGACCCGUGUCAGUUUGGCCUCCAGCAACACUGUGAUUCUGGAAGGUCUCAAGAGAAGAGGUUUCCUGCAAAACCUGGAGAAACUGCAUUCUAAGAGUAGCACCAUCAGACCACAGAGUUCCCUGCUGCAGCUUACUCCGGUCAUGAAUGUAUGAGGUGACACAGAUGUUCCAACUGAUCAGCAUGAAGAUGCUAAAACCAAGUACUUGAAUCUCCAGUUCUAUGCAGCUCACAAAAACAUGUGCAGUAAGAAGGAUUCUGAUGCUUACACCCAUGUCUUAGUACCUGUUAUUGCAUAAGAAUGUGUACACAUUGUACAUUUUGUAUUUUGUUUGUUUGUAAAUGAUUCUGAAGGGGCUAUGCUAAUAUUAAUUCAUGACCUACAGUGCAAAUGUACAUUUUUCUCUGCAUGCUUUUAGAGAUUCAAAAAGUUCCUAACAGCAAUUUAUAUCACACAAUUUCUUUUUACUUUUCAUUUAUUGAAUUAUCACAAAUAAAACUGUAUAUGUCUACCACU